GGGGGCGGUGGAGCCGUCGUGAGCCGCUCGAGCGAGGAGAGCCUUCUCCCUCGCCUAGCUGCGUGGGAAAAGUCUAAGCACAUUGCUAGUAAGAUCCAGUUCCAGAUCGAGAGCCGGAUGCAGGGGAGUCCCUUCACCCUAGGGUUGGGGGAGCCGAACCUUGCUGGAAAACCCAUCUUCGAGUACGAUCUCGUUGUUCGACCUUCCGAACUACAUUCCCUGAAGAAAAGCCCAUACGAGAAUCUCAACAACCACGAGAACGAGAAUCUCUUCACCAUUCACCAGAUUCUUGAGUCCUGGCUCGCGUCAGCGAGGGAGCUCACGAGGAGAUUAGCGGAUCGCAUAGAUUCCUCCGAUUGGGCCGCAGCCGCCGGCGAUUGCUGGCUCCUAGAAAGAAUCUGGAAGCUUCUUGCCGAUAUUACGGAUCUUCAUCUCCUAAUGGAUCCCGACGAUCUCCUCAGGCUCAGGGGUCAGCUCGCGCUUCGGGCGAGCAACGGAUCGGAGGCAUUCUGUUUCCGAUCGGCGGCGCUGCGCGAUGUCACGGCCGCGUCAGGGAAGGAACUGAAAAGGAGGGUGCCAUGGGUGCUCGGCGCUGAAGCUGAUCCGAGCGGUGGGCCAAGGCUGCUGGGAGCGACGAUGAGGCUUCGGAGGCGAGGGGACGAGGGGAAUCCCGGGAGGAUUCAUCUCUUGCAGGCGUUUCAGGCGGUGGAGGCGGCGGUGAAGAGGUUCUACUUUGGGUAUAGGCAAGUGGUGACUACGGUGAUGGGCAGCUUGGAAGCUACGACAUGCCGACCUCUGGUGGUUUCGCCGGAAUCCGGUGAUUCACUAUCGCUGAUGUUUCUGGAGCCGGCUUACUUCCCCAGUCUGGAUGCCGCCAAGACGUUUCUGGGUGAGUUAUGGGAGAACGAGCAAAGGCGUGGUCGAUCGGUCGGUCGGUGUGGGACGAGAUAAACGGGCCAGAGGUUGGGAGGAACAUGACAUAUGCGAGGAUCCGUAUUCAUAUGUAGUGUUAAUACGGGAUUUAAAUCUGAUGGAUUUGUAAUUUUGGCUGAGGAUGUAUGAUUUUGAUUGAAUUAUCUUUGGGAUUGGGGUUAA